AUGGCCGGACUGGCCGAACUAGCCGAGCUGGCUAUUCCAAUUGCAGCAAAUAUAGAUCGUAGUUAUGAGAAACGGUUUUUCCAUCCGAUCGUUUGUCACGUUUGCAAAUGGCUGAACAAUGGAAAUACGAUUCCUUGUGAAUGUGGUAUGCUCUCUUAUUGCUCUGGGGAGCACCUGGAGAUAGACCGAGGCCGAGUCCUCGGGAGCUUUGGUCACGGCGAGAUUUGCGUGGUGAUAACGAGUCUGAUUGCGAUGAAGGAAAUACGAAACUAUUCUCUUGAAAAUAAUAGAUGGCGGCAAGAGCUGAGGAGAGAGGGUAGGCCGAGGAGGAACAAACCUUGGUAUAAACACCACAUGACGUAUUUGAAAGUCGUCCAGAAGAACCUAUCGCGCAAUCUAGAAUGGCAUGAAAAACAGAUGUUAUUGUUCGCGAGAUCGUGCUGUAUCUGCCACGAAGAGACAGAUCUAAGUCCUUGUACGACUUGCUUCUGCGUUGAUUUCUGCGCGGCCCAUCGUAACAGCAAAUUUCCACACGACUGUGAGAAGCAGCAGGAAUGGCUCUACACCGAAAUGCGAAGUAUCAAUGUAAAUCCCAUUCCAAUCUACCGACCACUGCAUCACUUUCCGGACAAACAAGUGGACGACAUCGAAUCGUUUUAUGAAAGGUACAUGUUACCUGCGAAAGGCGUGCAAUGGAAUGUCCCAGAUCUUGUCUAUUCCGAUUACGUAUCAGGUCCGCUGACAGUGUAUUACGGCAUGCGACUUGCAAAUCUCUUUGAAGACGAACCAAGCGCGGGGGACUCCUAUGUUAUUCAUAUUAUAGAGGCAACUGAAGUGGAUAUAGACAAUGUGCAGUCUUGGGAAAUUUUUUUACAUUUUUUCAAUAAAAAAACGAAACUGUUAAUUAUAAUGGUGGGGUCGGAAAUAGAAGAAGAGUUAGUAAAGAAUCUUUCCGGCCAACUCAUGACUUGUGUCGCGAGAUGUCAGACUUUAGAUCUUACGCUUAACGUCGAAUAUCAUAACAUGGAAGAAUUUUUUCGCGUCGCUAAAGAAAUCGGUCUGUCCGCUAGUUCUGACGGUCCGAUCGAGAGUCAACGGAAGACGGUUCACAAAGAGAAUACAAAAGGCCCUGCAUGA